UCGACCCAGACGCGCCGAAUUCCUGCUGAUUCUGGCGCAAAUCGAAAAGGCGACGAUAACCGUAAACGACGACGUCGCUCUUUUUCUCGUUCAUAUUUCAGGAUGCGUGUGCGGUUGCGGAAAAAUUGAUCAACAAAGUGUUGCCCCCACAACGCGGAUGAAGAGGGAAAAAGUGGUAAUGCGUGGCCCAGCAAAGUACGUGCUCGUGCGGUUUCCAGUAGUGAAGCGAGUGAAAGUUUUCCAUAAACCGUGGCUAACAAAUUGGAAAAUGGUUGGACUUUAAAGGUUCUCGCUUUUCGUGUAACGAAAAUGGGGGUGUGCCGGGUAGGAGUCUCGAUGUAGUCAGUGAAGCAGAGAGUGAUGCAUCGUUCGAGUGCGUAAACAGAGAUAUUACUGCUGGUAGUGCUGCGUGGUGCAGUGAUUUAUUACGGAGAAGCAGUCAAGUCAUCGACGGACUCGCUGCAGUGAAGCCAUUCGGAUUGAAGGAAAUUACUUUCGAGUGUGAGCCGGUGGAAUGACUACCCGAGGGAUAAGGAGGAAAAAGUCAUACUUAGCAGAGAUUAAAGUAGCUGUAAUAGGAGCACCGAGUGUGGGGAAAAGCGCGUUAACGGUUCGUUUCCUCACCAAGCGGUACAUUGGCGAAUAUGACCAUCAAGCAGAAAAUAGACACAAAUAUGAAAUCAUGGUCGAUGGAGAGGCGGUGCUGUGCGAAAUUUGGGAUACAUGUCCGAAGAUCGAAGGAAACAGCGAAGCCACCCUGACGGCCGGUUCCGAUGCCGUCCAGUGGGCGGACGGCCUGCUGCUGGUGUACUCCAUUACGGAUCGCGAUUCGUUCAACUACAUCCGCAAAGCCAAGGAGGAGCUACCGUGCGACACGACCCCGGUGGCCCUGGUCGGCAACAAGGUGGACAUGGUCCACCUGCGGCAGGUCAGCACCGAUGAAGGCGAAAUCCUUGCCAAGGACUUCGAGUGCAAGUUUUGCGAAAUUUCCGCCGCCGAGCACGUGCUGCAGGUGGCCGACGCAUUCCACGACCUCUGCCGGGAGGUGAUAGCGGCCAAGCGCAAGUCGAAGCAGAGUUUCAUCGAGAAGAUCGACCGGAUGCUGAGCGGGUCACGGACCUACAACCGGGGCAAGAGUGAUAGCAUUUCGCCGAAGGACUAGAUGGGUGGACUGCGGCGGGCGAGAUCUUGGAAAGGACAGAAUGGAAACGUGAUGUUGUAUUAUUAGCUAAUUCAUUAGUUCAUAUAGGGCUGGACUCCUGUCAACGGUAUUAAUCGUUCAUAAUAUUUCUCGCUAAUUGUUGAUUCACGUUGCAGAUGGGGGAAUAGUUUCUAUUUACCAAUGCCAUAAGAGAGUUGAAUGUUUGCCAUUUAGAAUAAAUUUAUUUAAAUACAUACAAGUGUCUUGAUGAAUAAAAAAUAGUGAAUGAAGUGGCCGAUGUGUGGCCGGUCGGGGGCAAUAAAAUACUAAGUCAUUGCGAUAAAGCAUACAAA